CGAGCUUAGCUAUGGAGAAAUGUCGUCAGAAAUCCAUAAUCGAGCGGUGGAAGCUUCCAUAUCUACAAUUCUAUCUCACUAGCAAUUCCUCUUCUUCUCAUCCAUGGCAGAUCCGCCGCUUAUCGUUGUUCUCCGAUCACCAUCUCUGCAAUUCCUCGACGACCGUUUGAGCAGAAACUUCCGCCUUCUUUUUGCCCAUACCUCGCCGGACCCGAUCCCGGUCUUCCUCCGCCGGUCUGCCGUCGAGUCCGUACGAGCCAUCACCGUCGUCGGCCUAGUUCCAGUGACCGCCGAGAUCAUCUCCCUCCUCCCUUCUCUCGAGGUCAUCGUUUGCACCAGCGUCGGCGUUGAUCAUAUCGACGUCGCCGAGUGCAAGGGUCGCGGCAUCGCCGUCACCAACGCCGGCGACGCUUUCUCCGAGGACGUGGCGGAUUUCGCCGUAGGUUUGCUCUUCGACGUCCUCCGCCGCAUCUCCGCCGCCGAUCGAUUCGUCCGGUCAGGCCACUGGGCGAGAAAUGGGGAAUACCCUCUAGGAUUCAAGAUGGGCGGCAAGCGGGUUGGAAUAGUUGGACUGGGGAGCAUCGGAUCCCUAGUUGCCAAAAGACUCGAACCCUUUGGCUGCAUCGUCUCAUACAACUCAAGAACCCGAAAAGCAGACGUUCCAUAUGCGUAUUACCCCGACAUUGUCUCCUUGGCAGCGGACAAUGAGAUUCUCAUCCUAUGCUGUUCCCUGACGGACAAAACUCACCAUAUCAUCAACAGAGAGGUGAUGGAAAAGCUCGGGAAAGGCGGGGUAAUAAUAAACGUGGGCCGAGGUGGUCUGAUCGAUGAGAAGGAGAUGGUCUCGGGUCUGGUGAAGGGCGAGAUUGGGGGUGCGGGUUUAGACGUGUUUGAGAAAGAACCGGAUGUGCCUGAAGAGCUGUUUGGUUUGGACAAUGUUGUGUUGUCUCCUCAUGUGGCUGUACUUACGCCCGAGUCUUUGGACUGUGUUGCAGAGAUGGCUCUUCGUAACUUGAAGGCUUUUUUCUCUAACCAGCCUUUGGUAUCUCCGGUUCGAUUGGAUUGAGUACAGCAGCGAGGUACGGUUACGAUUUGCAGGUCGAUGCCAUGAUAAUCCCCCUCUAGACAUCGGCCUCUGCCUAGAAUGGCUUCGCAAUCCAUCUGAUGACCGAUCCAAACAUCCAUCAACUCUUUUUUUGUAUAAUCCAUAGGUUCAUUGAGCCUUCAACCCAACUAUAUUUUCCAGAAGAUCAGACAUCGAUCAACCUGUUCAAACUUGCUAUCCAGGUUGCAGUAGCUGAACUAUGGAAGGAGAGAAAUGCGGGAAUAUUCUGCUCCGCAAUGGCUGAUCGACCGAACCAUCAGGAGCAUUCUACCACCAUCAACAUCCUACCUCAAAGACCGGUUCUUUCUCAAGGGUUAACGCCCUCCAAAUUGCAUUUGUUGUAUUCAUAUUCUCCUUUUGUGAACCUGUGCAUGGGUCUCCCCCUUAUCACUUGUGUACCAGACACCUUGUAAAGAUACCUCACUUU